AUGGUUGUGGAAUGGAUAUCUCGCUUAGCAAAGAGGUAACACAGAAAUUCCUAAGCACUCCGCUUCGAAUAUUAUCAUUGCAGUUUGACAAUUUACAACAAUUAGAAUAUUCAUGCGAUGUACAUUUGCUGUAAUUAUGUUAUGAUUAUGACCCAGAGUAGAGUAUUCGAGAAAAGAUAUCAACAUCUUAACUUGCGUUAAAAACUUCCUUGAUGAAUCUUAAAUAUAGUUUGAAAAGACAUACACCGAUUGCCGAGUUUAAAGAAAUUCAAGUCGAUCAACCGUGUCACGAAAUGUAAAUUUAAUUUUAGAUUUUCCGACAGGGAACAUUGCUUAUGGAAGAGCUCUUUACGAAAUGGAUAAACAAAGAAAUUCAUAAGAAUUAUAACCAAUUUUACAUUAUUAAUCCAAAGUUACUUUUACUUGAUUCUUUUAACUGCGGUAAAAAGUCGAACGAAGAGACAAUGAGGUAUUUUUUCUGAAACUGCACCAGAACAAUCCCCGCUCGCCAGAGCGAAUCGCGGCAUCGCUCUUUUGUCUGUAUGGUCAAAAUUUUGACUAAACUCUCGUGGUUUGGAAUAAUUUAGACAUAAAUCAUACCGUAGAGAAGGAAAUAGUUUCCUGGGCGAAUAAACAUGAUCAUGGCAUAUUUGAGCAGUUUGUGCUUGCAUUCUAACUCUCUUAGUUCAGUACAUAAGGGUCGAGUUGUCUUGUUUGUUUGUUCGGAAGAAAGGAAACAAUCGCGCGCGAAAGCGUAAAUCAAAUGAUUACCACAAUUGUGUUAAGCGUCAAAACAGGACGUUUGUAGCAUGAUGUAUUGUGAUAUCGGUUCGGCAUGAGUAGCGCUAAGUGCUUUUAGUUUAUUUAUUUAAUAAAUUUUCAUUGAAAUGCGAAGUUUGCCCAGAAAGCCAAAAGGAGCCAUUAGUUAAUGGUUGACCCUAAGAGUUCUAACAUAUCGCCCGUUGCAACUAUACUGACUGAGUAAAUUUGGUUCAAGUUUUUUCGAUGUUUCCCGGCAAAAAUUCGCGCUAUGUUGUACCCUAAUCCAAAGUUUUAAAAAAAAAACAAAGUCAGAGUUACCUGUUCAUGAAAUAUAUCUUAUUAAACGUUUUGGUGAGUAGUAUCGCUGAUUAUUUUUAUGAGUUCUACCGUAUUUUGACGAGCCCGUAGGGCGAGCCAAACUACAAACAACGAGUUGAAAUAUUCAGCGAUACUACACAUCAAAACGUCUCAUAAGUUAUUUAUUACACAAUUUUUUUUCUGCUAAAUCUUUCUGUUCAUUUCUCAUGAGGCGGGAAAAGCAAAGUGGGUGGAGAAACGUAGGGCGCGCAGCCGACUUGUUAAACAGGUUUUUUACAGUACAAAAUAACCAAUUGUCUAAAUAACCGUACAGUAUUACAGGGUAUUUGUGCUCUUUUGGCGCGUUAUUUGUACUCUUCUUUGAGCAGUUGGAUAAUAAUAACUCUUCACGAACAAAAAGCUGUCAUAGAUCAAUGAAGUUUCCUUGAAUUCGUAAUGAAAAUUGAGCAAAAUUACCGAGAGUUUGUGACUUCAAGUGUAGAGUAAACGGAUUUGCCGGUUACCGUGAACGACCAAAAUACGCACUAUUUAAACAGCCUUCACUUCAAUCCUAGACAAAAAACGCGAGUAUGAAAGUUAAGGUCGAAAGAAAUUUAUUGGUUUUUUUGCAAUAGAAACUAACCAUUACAAAGCUUCAGUGGAAAAAAGUGACAUUGACCAUUUUGUCUUUCUUGUUUCGCAGACCUGCAGACAGAACAGGGGAGGAUCUGGAUAUUAUUUUCGCCAGAUUUAAGGUACUAUGUUUUCAGCUUUGUUCCCAUUGGUGAUCACGUGAAGCAUGUAUGGUUAUUUGGCUAAAAACCGCACAGCGAUUUGUGGGAAAAUUGGCGGGAAAAACAUUCCUCUCAAUUGGCCAGAAUCAUCCUCGUGCUCAGGACAGUUGGCGGGAAAUUGCGAUAGUACUUCUGUUUCAACAACUAAAUUAUUAGAGCAUUCAUUUGACAAUUUUCAGUCUUUCGUUCCCGUUUGCUGCUUAAUUUUACGUCCUUCUGUUCUUAUUUCACAGAAUCUGAAGGCAUUUGAGCGUUUCAACCACGCAGUUCUUCACCAAAUUUGUUACUAUGGUUACUAUCAAGACUUGGAGGAAGGAAUCACUCGUAAGUUGUGAAGGAUGCAGAUAUCCCCCACCCACCCCACCCCACCCCACCCCUUGAAACUUGAAAAAUGCUAAGCAAAAGACAUCUUAACGUUAGACUGAUAGUAAAUAUUUCAAAUUGAUUCGUAUUUUGACCCUUUGACUCUUGAGUGACCCGUAUCUAACUUCUCUCUACAAUAUCACCCCAGAAUAAUACACUAAGGUAACGAGAAUAAAGGAAAUGAUCACCAACUGAAGAACCUCUUGAUUGUUAAACAAAUUAUCCCUGUCAGCAGCCCAAGAAAAGUACAGAGAACAGUAUCGAGAAUAUGCAUGCUGAUGUUAAGGUAUAUGGGGUGAAUGGAUAUUAACAGCAUAGUGGAGUAAGCCUUUCUUUUACUGUGGUGAUUAAACACUGCUCCGUUUGUUUAUCCUUUUUCUUUCUCAGUGUAUCGUCAAGGUGACAUUGGCUGUUACUGGUACGUUGUCCUCGCUGGAGCGCUUGAAGUUCGUGCAUCGAAAACCGGAAAAUAUGAGGUGCGUCGUUUAACGCGAGUAAAGAUGAUCAAACUCCAUGCAACAUUUUCUCUGAUGGAGGUUUAUUUGUACGCACGUACGGACCUAUAACUUAGGACCACAACUACGCGUUGUGAUGUUUUAAAUUUGUCCGCAACAUUUUCAUAUAAAGAAUGCUAACAUUUUACUUGAACUCAAUCUCUUCGCUGUUACAGGUUUUGCAUUGAGUGAGGUUAGUGUAGCGUCCUCCUAGAGAGGACAGUCGAAGAAAAUUAAUGUCUAUAGAGAUUGUCAAUUCCUCUAAUUUCGCAGGAUGCUGAAGCCAUUUGCACUCUCGGCCCCGGAAAUUUUUUCGGCGAAUCAGUACUGGAUGACUCACCCAGGUGAGUUAAGGAGUGGUUAUGCGCCUGUUUGUUCUAGUCCACCUCAGUUCUUGUAACUAACAACCAUAAAAUAAUAAAAAAAAUGCUCUUUGAUUUUCUUUCUUCUAUUUUAGGCCUGUUUUCUUGAUGAAUUUUUUUUUUCAGACGCUCCACAGUCAUCACAAGCGAAUUUUGUGAGCUUUUGCUGAUAGAGAAGAAAUUCUUCCGUACUAUUUGGGAGGUGGGUUAAAUUUAACCCUUGUCACAAUAAUAUAUUUUUCCACGCCACAGUGUCCAAAAAAGAUCUAAAAGAAAUAAUUUUUUAUUUUCAAAUCUUUUCCAGCGAAACAAGCAAUUUCUAGAGGACAUUAUACCCAGUCCCUCAUCUACCCCUGUCGGAGAACAAAGUGAGUUUUAAAAUCUUACUCUCCUUGUGGUACUGAGACUUCUAUGUUAAGCGGGCUUUAUUUACUCAAGCACUCAGUAAGAGGCCUGGUUUCAAAUUUGGGUCAUUCAUCUUGAGCUACAGAUCGCAGAAAAUGCGCAUGAGUAGAACAAGCUAAAUAAGUAUAUGACUGAAUAUCAUCUUAAAGGGUGACCCAUUGAAGAUCUCGUUCUUUCCAUGGCCUUCAUUUAGGCCACAGAAAAAGGAAAAUGUUUUUUUUCCCAUUUAAGUCAGCGAAAUUUUCUGAAAGCAAGUAUCGUAAACAGCAACUGAAGAACACUCAAUUUUCAGUGUGUACCUAAGACAAGUUGCAUUGGUCUUUCUCAAUCUAGGAAAAGCUUUCAUUACAUCUUCAUUCACAUACUUUUUCUUUUGUCAGACAAUAAUGAGCAACUUCCUGAAAAUAAUACGGUGGAGGGUAAACCAUCCAAGACAGUGGUGAGUAAGCUUGAUUCGUCUUUGUCCCAUGAAUUCAGCUACGGUAUAAGAGCGGUACAACGGCGAAGCGUGAUUUUUAAGAAUGCGACACUUAGCCAGCCAAUCUCAUCAUCUGACAGGAGCAGAAGAGGGGGGAUUCACAAUUAAAAAUUGCCACAGGCCUUACAUGGUUACAUAAAGGCGGUUUGAACCACUGCUCUUUCUUACGUGUCAACGGGCAUGCAGUCAUGCAGCGAAAAGGAUCGGAUUCGCGUGCUUUUGCACGGUUAUCGCCCCACCUCUACGGAAAAGACUGCAAAAUGGUUCCAACGAUAACACCACUUCUGUAUAUCACCGCGUUGAAUAACCACACGUUUUUCUCCCCACAGUACUCACCUGAGGCACUCAGAAAUGGUGGACUGGUCCUGCGUUUUGCAAUGCUUCGUCACCAGUCUCCAAAACUGAUCCGUGAUCGAGAACUUGAUAAACGCAAGGUGUGCAGAUGCUUCGUUGGAUCGGAAGCGGUCGAUUGGCUGACAAAAAUCAGCCCAAUGGUUCAUGGUCGAUUUCAUGCCAUCGCUAUGCUUCAGGCGCUUUUGGAAGAGGGAGUCAUUACUCAAGGUGGGGGACUGAUACCGAAAAAUACUAUCUUGGUCACGUUUGUUGGAAACCUUGUCUUUUCACGAGAAAUAAACCUAAAAAUGCGCAUUCCUCAAUUAUCUUUCUCUCCUAUCAAUUUUUAAGGCUUUGGAAGUAUAUUUAUUACUUAAAAGCUUUUUGGUGGUCCGUUGGCAACGUUUUAUCUGAGUUAAGAAAUCUGAAGAGCCCUUUGGAAGCAUACAUUUACUUACAGCGCGAUAAAGCUUUUGCAUGGCCUUUUACGGCCAUUUUGGGAACCAAUAUUUUUCCAGGUUUUUCGAAAAACGCACUUCAGGCACUCACUCUAAAUAAGAGAAAAAUAAUUAUAAUUUUCCAGUUCGUUAUUCCAAGGGAAUUGAAACUCUUCCGAACUUUUACUUCGCUCGUCUGUUCCUCGAACCUGAGUCCCCUGAAUGUCUCUUAUCGUUCCUGCAGUGGGCCAUGGGUAUGAAUUCAAAGACCAAGACAUUCUUUAUCGCUUUGUUAUGGACGAGAAUGAUAAUGAGAGGCCUGGAAAAGAGGCAUACAGUGAGGAAGACCUGGAUGAUGUACUGCUCAUGCUCAGUAGGUCCGGAUUGGAUGCACAACUGAGAAUGGCUCUCAGAAAACCGUGAGUUGUCACCAAAACAUCCUGUCAUGUUGUCUUUUGAUAUGCGUGAAAUUGUUUCUGUUUCUCGUUAUAAGGUAGAUCACAUGAUGAAAUUCUAGAGGGAAAAAUAAAAGAGAUUUUUUUUCCAAGCUGAGUAAGUCACCGUAAAGUUGUCUGGAUGCGACCUUGGAAAGCUGGGUCUAACGCACGAAGUCGAGGUUUACUGGUUAACCUACUUGGAGAUAUGUUAUGAAACAACAAACUCGUCUUUAAAGAAAGAUGUUUUUCGUUUUGUCACGAGCGUGGGACAAAGAAAAAAUUCUGAGUCCCCAUGAGGAAUCGAACCUCAGACCAUCGGAUGUCAAAUCCUUUUGUUUUUUGUUUUUUGUUUUUUUUUUGAUGUUCCAUGACCUAAAUGGAAAACAGCUCUUGCAGGCACUAAUUAAAAGAAAAGAAAAACCAAACAGAACGCGUCAAACAACUAAAUUAAGCUUUGCGAGCUUAUUUUUACUUAUUUUUAAACGAAGUUUACAUUAAGCCUAGACUUAGUGAAAGUCGUUGCAUUCGACCUAGUUUCCUUGGCUCACGAUCAAGGGCCAUAGUUUGAUAUGCCUGAAUAAACGCCAGAGUUAAUACUUAUUCUUGUUUUCUCAUUCCAGUGCUAUGGAAAGAACUCCAGACGACUUAUCUUUAAUUUACGAUGAACUCAUGCAUGUAAAGGCUCUUCAAUAUCUUUCAACCAUGGUGAGAAUUCUAUUUUCAUCGUGGAGCACUGCAUGUGGUAAAAAUUCAAGGCAGUUUCGCUUUACUUUGCAACUCAGUUGAACAGUUGUGUCGUCAGUCUGAGUUACAUGUCAUUUUUAACUCAUAUUCUUUUCAUCGUCAGGUUAAAAAAGAACUGUCAUACGCUUUUGUGUUGGAAUCCAGUUUCAAAAAGGGAACUGUGCGUAAGUGUUUAAUAGUAGGGAACUCUGACAGAUUUCCAGCCUCCGAUUGCGUAAUUGUUUAGUUACUAAGAUUUGAAACUGGAAUCUCAGAAUUCGCGCGAGUUUCUUGACCAAUCACAUAGCCAAGGGGAUGAAAACCAAUACAAUCCUGUAUCAAAGAGGGUAAGUUUCUAAAGAAACUGUGGUGCUGCGUCGGUGGGGGAGUAUAUCAGGGUAAUUUGGUUUUAUUAACUGAGUUGAUAAUGUAAGUUGGCUACCGUAAAGAGUUUCAAAGCGUUAAACAUCGUCAGAGUUAUAUUACCUUCACACCCAGUUGAUAAGUUAUUGCAUCGAUGAAUUUGAAAUGAAAUUUUUCAGUCAUGAAAAUUACAAUCGAAUCGCUUACCAAAUACUGUCAUCUUUUUUUAUUUUUAUUUCUUAUCUAUAUGAAGUUUUCAGCGAAGGAGAAGAAGGGAUUUCCUGGUACAUAAUACUGAAGGGCUCAGUGAAUGUCGUGGUUCAUGGAAAGGUAAGGAACAUUGGACUACCUUGCUCUCAGCUCCGAUUCUGAAGACCUUAAAUUUGCUGUCCAAUGUAACGAAAGUACAUUCUAUAUUUUCAUUCUUACUAAGGGUGUGGUGUGCCAACUGAAUGAAGGAGACGAUUUUGGAAAACUAGCACUUGUAAAUAACGCUCUGAGGUAAGAUCUGUCUCCUUUGACAGAUGAUGUGGUAAUGUGGUAAGAAACAAAAGUUGCUCACGAGGCGCAGCUGUGUGUACCAUUUUUGUUUUUGAUCACAUUUUGGCGUCUUUGGUGAUCUGUUGCUAAACUGAUGCACGGCAACAUGAAAUGUAUUUGUUUCAUAUGAUAAAAAGGCAAAAUUUUGUUAAUGGUGACGUCAUCUGUGCGUCUUACCUCCAAUAAAUCAUAAGUAACAUUGGCAGAUCCAGACCUUAAGCUAAGGGGGGGGGGCAGUUUUUUACGGCUCUCCCUGCCGGCUUUUCUCCCUUCUGGGAUUCUUUUCUUUUUACCCAAAAUGGGGGGGCCCUCCGUGCCCCUCCUCAAGAUCCGCCGAUAGGUAAGAACCGAUCGGAAGGCGACCCUUUGAAAUCUGUUUGCAUUCCUCGAUUAAGAUGAAAUGUACGUUGUAAAUAUGAUCAGUAAGGUCACAGUCUUCAAAACAUCUCUUACAGAACCGCCACAAUAGAAACUUCUCAAGACAUUUGUCAUUUCUUGAAGAUAGGAAAGAAAGACUUUAACAGAAUCCUUAAGGUAUGAAACUUUUUCUCACGAUCACUGAACGAAAUUUAGUGACCCACCGAAUACCUACUAGCUAAUCGACUGACCGUACGAUAUAGCGAUCAACCGACCGAAUGCUUGACAAGCCGAACCUUAGCCGAACUAAAACCGAAUAGCCGAACUGCCGAAUAACCGACCAUCAAUUGGUUCGUUCAUUCAUUCACUCACCCACCCGACCUUUUUUUUUUUUUUUUUUUUUUUUCCAAGGACGUGGAAACAAAUACUGUUCGUCUAAAAGAACACAGAAAAGAUGUCCUUGUCUUGGAAAAGAUUAACAUACCUAACAUGUUUGGAGAAGAUAACAGCCAAACUCACAUUCCGCAGAUUCAAAAGUAAGGAGAGAUCUGUAAGGGGCUAAUUUUACGACCAAGAUAUCGGAGUGCUUUUAAAGACUCAUAACAACCCUAUAAUCUAUAGUAAUAGAAAAAGUGUUGUGCCAAUUUACCAGUAAAAUAUAUCUGCUUGUCAACGCCGGAAAGCGCCCACACUCGGUUGGCUACCCGUGUGCUUUUCAGCCCCAUUAAUAUUGAAACUGACGGGCUUUUUUGAUAACGGAGCUCGGAAAUGGCUUUUCUGUGACCCUAGGUAGAUGAGCAACUCGGCGAGAGGUCGGGUAAGAGUCCAGCGUUGAUUAGUAGUGCCAGACCCCUGCAAACCUCUCCUCCGACUCUCCUUCACGAGACUACCUUCAUUCGCGCGAUCAGACUACGCAAUCAAGAGGGCCUGAAUGGGAUGUGACUUUUACGGCUAAAGGUUAAAAUUUUGGCCAUUUUACGAUGAAUGGUUGACAUCAUUUUAUUGUUAUCACCAGUAAAUAUUUUUAUGGUUAACUUUUUCACGGUUUGCGAUUAAAAUUUAUAAUUUUUUUCGCUUAACGGUUAACAUUUUUGGCCAUUUUACGGUUGACGGUUAACCACAUUGAGACUCUCGGUCUAGAUAAAGUAUUCUACAAUUAAAUUUAUAGAUAUUCCGUGAUGGCUGGUACUCCAGAGAAAAUGGUGGAAUAUCUCUUAGAAACAAGAAUGGACAAUUCCAAUACAAAUAACUUCGACGGUAAAUGAAAAAAUGUGUUCACUGAAUUCCAUUUUUAUUUCACAGGUUAGAUUGGUAUUACUAAAGGCAUUCUUUUGUUGUUGUUGCUGUUGUUGUUAUUUUUCAGAUCAUUUUUUGAACGACUUUCUGAUCGCUUUCCCAAUAUUUAUGACCACGGAGGCAUUAUGCCGCGAGUUGCUGUCCAAAUAUCCUUUUUAUUAGAAAGACUGUUGUCACGGUAUUUGAAACGUCGACUGAGGUACAGACAUAUAACUCAGUAACUCGGCAGCGACAUGAUUAUGCUACCACAGUGGUUUCAAUCGUUGGAUCUAAUUAAGUUGCACCAAAUUCCAAUUGCUCUCAGAGACAACCAUACUUCAAGUUUUGAAUACAUUAAGACAAUUCUUAAAUGCAGUCCGCCACACAAGAGAAACCCGUUUAAACUAAGUCCUGGGGCCACCAAACUGAAUGGUUUCAAACUUCUUAGCAUUUCUGUCGAAUCAAUUUUGGUCCGGAACAUUAGCGCGACGUUUGAACUCAACAAAGAAAAGUGAUAAUAUUAGGGACAUUAUAAACAGCUAGGACGACAACGCUGAGGAAGGCGUCGAUUGAAAAAUGAAGAUGUAUUAUUAUUUAAAAUUUCGCGAAUGGGUGGAUGUGUUUACCGUCUCUUUCCGUUCCAUGCUAAUUUUGGUGAUUUCACGUUGUUGUUUAGCAGUGGAUGGAUAUGAAAUGUACAAAGGUUUAAAACGCACGUGCUGAGCUAGUCCUAGUUGCCGUUGCUGUCGUGGUUCGCUUAAAUCUCAUUUCAAAAUGUUACAGUCCUUAAUCAUUCUUACCUACAACAGAACCAACUGUUUUAUAAUCGGACAAGACGAGACCAGAAAUAUCACUGCUGAGCACAAAAUGGCCAUCAAAAGAAGGUAGGCUUUUCAUGUAACUUGUGAGAGUAAAAAAUUGGUUAAUUUAUAUGUCUCUGUGUGUCUCCUCGUGGAAAUAAUAAGCGUUGGACUGACGGUUAAUGCCGUACUCCGGACUGCAGCUAUGCCCUGGACUCAUGGCCGGCAUAUUUGGAACACGAUGCAUGAAAAUCACCUCCCAAACCUUGGAGGUGCUCAGAGAUUAAAAAAAAAGGGCGGGGGGGGGGGUGGGAUACUUAAAAUGAACUUCAACCUUCCCCAGAGGAGUGGAAAUAUAACUUCACUUCACGUUCUGUGAAUAUCUGGCUUCCAUUUGAGAAAACAAGGUUUUAAACUUCUCAAAGACAAUUUCAAAGAGCUAAUUACAAGCCACGGUUGAGCAGGUUGCCGUUUUGCAGGGUUGUUCAGAUGACGCUCCGCUGGUGUUACUUGGCUGGGAAUCUAUUCUUGGAAAACCAAUGUAUUUUCAGGUUCAUUGAGGUAAGAAUACCCUAAAUGCUAAUUUGUUUUACAUACCGUGGUGAUAGGAUUUUGAAGCGAAAUUAUUUCAAUAAAUCUCAACAGGCACGCAUAUUCAGUAAAGUAGGUAACACUAACACUUCACUAUCGUCAGUUCAGUGUAUCACUUGGUCUAGACUUCGAACAAGGGAGAAUCUGUGAUAAGCAUUGCUCCGAUUGGGAAAGCCGAGGGAAAACUCGCCUGUAGAGAAUUCCUUUUUUUUUCCACAAGUUUCACACUCGUUCACUCUUGCGCGAGACUCGCGCUUCGCGUUCGCCCUUUGUCCGGGCGGAGGGAAGGAAAAAAAGGAGUUAAUAUGAAUAAUUAUAACCAACACUUCAGCUUUAGAAUUCCUUUUUAUAUUUAUAACAAUUUCCUCUCAUACAGGAAUUGAUGGAUUAUCUAGAGACAGAUGAGCUUUUCAAUGAGUUUAACCUCCUCAAGACAGCCAUGCGGACACUUAAAGAAAGGUACAUGAGUUUUCGCACAGUACAGGCCGAUAAAGAUAGAUUAAAGAUAAAUAUUCGAGAUACAAUAACCGUGACACGACAGCAAACUAUCUUGACAUGAAUUUUUCCUUGCAUUUCUCACAGAUACCCCACCGAUGACCUUAUCGAUGGUAAAAUUUUCGCUCCAGUGGUAAGCAAAAUGAGGGCAAGAUCCUCUUGAAGGUCACUUUAAUGUAGUCAAUAGAUGAUGUUGUUAAUUUGAUUGGAGUGAACUUUUUCUCUUGUAUCAUAGCGCCAUAGUCCACAUCGUCGAAUGGGCCUCGCUAAUAUCACAAAAGCCAUCAGAGACUACAAGUCAAUACGAGGAAUCGAUCAAAGUGAGUACAUAUUUAUCAGACAAUGCUUUUCAAUUAUAUAAGUUAAGAGCUUGUAACAGCAGAAAAACGGACCAACACCUGAGGGAAGGGUAUGGGAUGAGACGGAUGGGGGGGGGGGGGAAAGGGAGCUCCACUUCACGAGGAAGUAAAUCAAAGUUAUUGUCGAACUAACAAGAGCAUAAAGACCUCAUUAAAGGUACCCACUUAUUAACAGGUUAACCCAAGGUUACUUUCCCCCUGUUGGCAUGUGGCUACCACACUUUCCACAUCGUACUUCUUACCCCUUACGCUCCACACCUUUAUCGUCUCCUACAUAGAUGUCUUGAUACCGCCUCACCCCUUUUUCCCUCCCCCCGUUUCUCUUUCUAAUCUGUCUGUCUGUCUCUCUCACCAUACCUCGUCCCCAGUCCCAUGCGCCACAGCCCUAUCGUUCCGUCGCCCUCUAAAGUUUCUUCCUUCCUGUCUCUUUCAUCUGUUUCUAUUCCUUCGCUUAUGCCCGCGGAUGAAUACUGUAGUCACUAGUUUUAUGCUUUUCGCAUUACAGAUAUUUUUCGAGUCUUCUGUGCCGAUCAUACAUACACUACAGUAGCUUUGCCUUAUAACGCCACAGCGCAGACCAUUAUUAACGCCGCAGAGGAGCGUGUUCUGCUAGGCGAUGACUGUAUCCUGUGCGAGGUCAAAUCUUCAGGAGGUAGGUGCUUCCUUUUACUGGUGUUGCCGAUGAAGUGCAAAAAAUAUGAGCCUUCUUUUUGUAUAACCGUGUCAGAAAACGUUUUAACCGUCUUAUUAGCAAAAAAUGAAAAGUUGAGAAAAGGAGCAAAAAAACGUUAACUCAAAAAUUUAAGGUGUUCUCGGAAACUGAUGAACACUUUAAAAAUCGACCAUCGAUUAUUUUCGCUCACGUUUGAUCUAGGUGUGUUACGUGGCUGAAAACGCCCCGCUAAACUGUGAUAUAUUAGGCGAUAUUCCCUAAGGGGUAUUCCGCGAUAAUCGCUUUAUACCAAAUGCAAUGAAAGUUUUCGUUUCGUAUGUUUUAAAGUAGUUACUUCCUUUACCUUUUGUAGAACGCGUACCUUUCAAACCAAACGAAAUAUGUGUCACAACCGGACUAAGUGUUAACGGAAGAUUGUUUAUCGCGCCACGGGAACACUUGGACUCACUGGUAAGGAUAAAGCUGAAUUCUUACGAGCCUUGUCGUUUAUUGUAAUUACUACUCGAGAUUACUCUGGUUUUCUGAAUAAUAAGCACCCAGACCAAGAUUAUUGCUAUGGCUUCUACCAAACGGAAUGCUAAUAUAUAGCAAGGUACCCCCACAGAUUCAUCAAUUUUUUUCUCUGGCAACAAAAGUUUGCUAGAACCAUUAAUGCGCUUGGUUGUAGAGAGGCACUGGGAGAGAAACGCGUUUUGCCCAACAACACAACACAAUAACCUAGUCGGGAAUCGAACCCGGACAUGGCGACCCAGUGUCAAAGGUGCCAAACCCUAGGUCCUCGCGUUUCUUAUUGGUCAGCGCUACAGACCCCGAAAAGGGAGGUGAAAACAGUUUCUAUAUGAAACUUCUAUUAAGACCUACUUCAACUGGUGCUGAGAUAUCCAUACAAAUUGUGCUCUUUUUAUCUACCCCAGACUCCUACUCCUGAGCAGGAAGGACCGUCAACCAGUAACCUCACAUUUCUGGAGUCAGUUGGAUCCAAAGAGCUUGCGUAUUACAUCACACAGUACGACUAUGAGCUGUUCAACGCCGUUAACAUUGUGAGUAUCUCAAGUUUUGUCUGACAAGUUGAGAUUGCGGAGUUGCUUGCGUUUAAACAUUGCGAAUUAACAGCCAUCUGUAAAUUGUUACAAUUUCAUUAAAUUUCCUGAUCUGUAAGAACCUCUUUGAUUUUAUUUGCAGCAUGAAUAUAUAUUCCGCAUCUUUGGCAAAGAGAGCCACAAACAGAUCACAGCAAAUCUUGAUUUGCUUCUCAGAAGAUUCAAUGAGGUGACAAAUUUCUUUACGCUUUUCGCACGGUAUUAUGAGUGUAUUUCUUCACUUGAUUGCAUUCUGAUUGGCUUGAAGGUAAACUCCAGUUUGAGUGUCAUUAUGAUUUCAUCUUUUAGGUCCAGCUUUGGGUCGAAACACAGAUUCUUCUCACUCAACAUCUCAACAAGCGGGUUUAUCUCUUGAAAAAGUUCAUCAAGUUGGCCGCACAGUAAGUGAUUCCUUAAAGAAAUUUCCAAUUGAAUGUCGAAGGUCAUCUGAGAUUACGUUGAUUUUAACUCUACUUCACCUUGUGAUUGGUCGAGAAAAUUAGCGUCCCCCUCCCAACCAAUCAGAUGCAAGGCUAAAAUCAAUCGCGACCUGGUCACCCGAAUUUUCCCGCGCUUCUGGUCGCUCGUUUUAACUAGGACUUAUGAUUGGGCCCUUGUGUAAUUUUCCAUACUUUGAUUGGCUGUUUUGGUUACUUUAGUUUUUGUUUGACGACAGCCUAUCGAAAUAAAUCUGAUUCGUCAAUAAAACUCGCUGUUAUGACCCUUUUUUUUCUAUUGCCUUGUAGCUGUAAAGAGUACAACAAUUGGUAUUCAUUUUUCGCCGUUGUUAUGGCAUUAAACAGUGUUGCAGUCAGUCGCUUGUCUCAGACAUGGGAGGUAAGUGGGAAAUGGUUGCUUACAUGGGUUGCGUUCAUUUUCUCGCGGAAAAAAAUUUGACUUUUAUGAUUUUAUUUGUAAAUAUGUUAAACGUUUAAUAUGUUUGAGCUCAAACAUUGCAAGAAAAAGAUAUCGUGAAAUUAAGUCUUUGUCAACAAUGGUCCCCUCUGGAAACAUUUGCUGAAUUUUUUUUUUAAACUAUACCUUCUUUUAUUGUGUCGUCAGAAAUUACCGAGCAAGUUUCGUAAAAUAUAUGAAGAGUUUGAAGGUAUCUUGGUAAGGACAUUUCAUUUCAUUACUCCUUUAAACAAAUUUAUUUUAACUUUAUAUGUUGAAAAAGCACCAUUUAUUAGUUGUGGGUUAUUUAGUAGUCAAGUAAAACAAUUAAUUGCUUCAACCGUCAAAGCUGAAUAGAACACAUGGAUAUGUUUCUUUUAAAGGAGCCUUCUAGAAACCAUCGAGUUUACAGGCUUUUAGCUGGUAAGUUUCUUAUUAACUGUGUAACUUUUUACACUGCAACAGGCAGGGGCGUAGUCAGGGUUUUCAAAGGGGGGGGGGGAGUUAAAUUGUGUCAGACAGAGGGUACUCACCAGAUUGUCAUGAUGUCGAACUCCACGCCAUGUUUUACUCAAUGUGAAAAAAAGGCUUACAAAGGGGGUAGGGGGUUAACGUGCACCCCACUAGCUACGCGUUUGAAUAGGCAAAGGUAUAACGUUAAGUUUGCACUCAAGCCAGUAGCCCAUUCAGGCGGAGCUUAUCCCCUUCUCCGUAGCAUGAAGCGGCGACAAGAAGUAUUAAUACACCCCCCAUGGGAUGCCAGUCCAUUUCAGGUUACCCCCGCACAUUUUGUCAAGUGUCCCUGACAAUCUGCUAGUACCGAUUUAUACUCCUAAGUGAAGAGAGGGACUGUGAAAGUAAAGUGUUUUGCCUAAGCACUUAACACAGUGACCUGGCCAAGUCUGUUACCCAGACCUCCCGCGUUUAGCGUGCAAACCGCCAGGCCGCCUCGUUUCUCAAUACAGUGAGGUGCUAUAAUUUUAUUCAAUUAUUUUGGUAGGAAAAAUGAAGCCACCCAUAUUGCCUUUUAUGCCUCUUCUGAUAAAAGGUAUGUUUGUUUACAAAGUUGAACUUUAUUUCAUUAACGUUCAGUUUUCUAGUUGUAAAAAAAGCUUCACUUUGCUCAUUUGUUUCUCUGUUAUGUACUUGAAUACGUGAUAGUCACAAAUCGAAUAUUGAAAAAACAAAGUUAGGGAUUUGUUUUUAUUUCUAGACAUGACGUUCACUAACGUAGGAAAUAAAACGCAAUUUGAUGAUCUGGUGAACUUUGAGAAAAUGGUGAGCAGCUAUUUUUGUUAUUGCUUUUUUUCCCUUUUCUUUUCUAGUCCAUGGAUGUGGGGUUAAAUGUGUCGCAUUAUUCUUGUUGUCAAAUCAACAAAAGAUUCCACGUUACCUGCGUCUGUUCCAUAAUACAUCACCUGAGACGCAAAAUAAGGUGAGAACAAAACAGAGGCACUCAAGGCGCAGCCGAGUGUGUCACUGAUGUUCUUAGCAUAUUUUGACGUCUUUGAACAGACUCGUGGCAACCUGGAAUCUAUUUGUUUCAAUUAAUCAAGAAGUUACAUGUACAGUUGUUCAUGGGGACGUCAUUUAUGCGUCUAUCCUUCAAUAGAUCAUAAGUAAGAACCAAUAAAAUUACACGUAGAAUUCAGCUUAGAGUUUAAACGUAGAUGUCAAUUAUUAUUUUUAUUUCAGAGAAUGAUCUCUUCUACUAUUCGUCUUAUCCAGUAUUGUCGCAGCGAGCCGUUCAGUAAGUACACCUUGAAUCGAGAUAAGGGACUGACUAAAUGGGUCAUGGGGGCACUAAACUGUGAAGCUCAUCAGAAAGUAGGAAAGACGAAUGAUAAAAAAUGAAUGGACCAAUCAGAGUGCAUGACUCACAGACAAGAUAACUAUGCAAUUCGUCACGCUAAGAGUGUCACGCACUCCGUAGAUUUCGCAGUAUAGUUUGCCUCAUUACUAUUGACUAUAACUAAAUUUCGGUAAUAGCAAAUAGAAUUUUAGUUUUGUGGCACUUAUAGGGGAAACUUUCCUAUGAACGACCAGGCCCGUGGUUCUGACUGACUUCACAAAUAAAUGUUGAUGACGGCGGUCACACAAGGUCUGUUCGUGAUCUUAUUUCUCGCGAAUUUAUGAAAUGAUCAUGUUUAUUUUUCUUUACUUAGAGGCUGAACCUCCAACUCAAGUGAAAAUAGCUCAGGAAAUCACUAUUUUUGUGAGGUAUGAUUGAUGUGUCACAUGAUAAACUUUCCAGACAAUGGAAUAGAUUUAAACCGCACAUGAAACACACAACCUUUUUUAAAAGCUCAAAGCCCAAAAUCUUGUAAUCUUUAAACUCAAAAAAGUGUUAAGUUUUCCUUUUUCCUUCUUUUUUAUCCUUUUACAUCAUAUUUCGAUUAACCUUUCGUUUGGAUCCAUUUUCGCAUGCCCGACGUUGACCCCCGUGCCAUUGAAAUACAACAACUGCCAGGUCACUUUUUCGGCAUGUGGCUAUGUUAUAUGAUUGACAUAAAAGCCGACAAGAAUUGUGAUUUUUCUAGCGAAAUGCAACUAGACCGAUUUCCCCAUUUUUUUCCAAUCUCACGCGGUAAUCCUCUCUUUCCACAGGAAUUUCAACGUUAUAGACAACGAGCGCAUUCUUAACCAGUUCUCUCACAGAUUGGAGCCCAAAAAAAACUAAGUAAUCCUUGUUGAUCAUUUAACGAUGCCUUCAACAAAUUCCUCGGCCAAUCAAGUUUGACAGCGGUAUAUGUGGACAGUGGUUCAUCAGCUUGGUGACAACAAUUCGAUAUAGUUUGUCCUUACGUGUCAACAGAGAGAGCAAUGUGGCGAAUUUCUGCAAUUGACUGUAUUUUCUGGUAAAUUUCACAUUUUCUUUUUAAACUCCUUUUUUUAAAUAUUGGCGUUAAGGGUCGCGUACAGAUAAUUCAAACACUGAUAGAUAAAUUUCUGACGCCAUUUCGAAUUGAAAAUGAUUAGAACAUUUUAAAAGUUUUAUGAUAUUUUAACCUCAG